CUGGCUAUUUUUAAUAUGAUCUGUGCAGCGGUCUUUUCCCUUUGUCCGUUCCAGGCUCAGGCCUGUAUGCUUCUCCAGAAAGCUCUACAGACCCGGCAGUUCCGACUUUCAAUUACAGAAGAGGAAUGGGAGGAGCUGAUUAGAGAAAGCACCAAUCAAGUCACACAGACCUUGAAGAUGGUGAGCGAGUUCAAAGUCAAAGCCGACCAGGAGAAAGUCCUCAAAUGCCUGGAGCUCCUGAACUUUCUCCUGAGAACCGUGACGCAGCAAAAGCUGAAUGUGGAUCUGACAGAUUUGCGGGAUGUGCUGCAGGCGCUAAGUCAGCACGAAGGGUUUGGGAAGUCCGCACGACUUGGAAAUAUCUACUGGAACGUCAUGACGCUCCUGGGCUUCACCCGGCCUGCAAAGGAGAAGGUGUCAGCCCAGCCAAAGAACCCAACUGAAGCAGAACCCGUGAAGCGGAAGAAAAAAGGUUUCCUGCCAGCUUCUAAAAAACGCAGCAAUCGCAAAAAGGUUCCUCAGCAGCCCCAGGAGAAUGGCGCUGGAAGUGGCGGGCAGCAGGCCGUUGUGGAUGGCACCGAGGCUGUUCCUUCCAGGAAGAGGAAGAAGAGAAAAAACAAGAAAAAGAGAGGGGCAGGAGGAAGCCAGGACCAAGCCCCCAGUCAGCAGGGUCCUCCAGCCAAAAAGCCAAAGUUACCACCAGCCCGUGCCGAAGAGACUGACUCAAAAGUUGGCAACUUGAAGAAGAAAAAGAAGAAAGGCAGAAAGCCGGUUCAUGUCGGUGGGAAGUGAUUCACAACUGUGGGGUGGGAUUGUGUUUUGUAAAUGUAUAGAGAGUUGCAUAUUGCAGCUUUGUAUUAUUUUAAUAAACUAUCUUCGUUGCUAAUAACGCACACACAA